UCUUCAAUUAUCGUAAUGCACAGCAGACCAAAUAACGGAAAAUUCCAUUGAACAGACGAAUAUUUAAGUUUUUAAAUAAUUUCUAAAAUAAUUGAUUAAUAAAGCGAAAAAAUGGCGAAUGAAGCCGAAGAAACUGUGCGCAAAUUGUCUUUACAUAAAGGUGUCAUAGGAGUCAUAGUUGUAAAUGGUGAAGGGAUACCAAUCAAAACAACUUUAGAUAAUCAUGUAUCAGUACAAUAUGCGGGCUUAAUGAGUGCUUUAGUGGACAAAGCGAAAGCUGUAGUCAGAGAUUUGGAUCCUUCGAACGAUUUAACUUUUCUCCGCAUAAGGAGUAUGAAGAGCGAAGUUAUGGUCGCACCGGACAAAGAUUUUAUUUUAAUAGUAGUUCAAAGCCCAGCUGAUUGACGACCUUGCCUUUCUGGAGUAUGUUUCUUACGUCAUUCAUUUAUUUACUUAUAAUGUUAUAAAAUUAUCGUAAAUAAAACUACAAUUAAAUAAACGAAAA